GUAGUGCAAAAUAAGCCUUCGAUGCCAGAAGCGGUUCUCAUGUUUUCAUUUAUUUGUGCAUUGCCUUUCAGCAUGUUCAUCUGACCGUGUAAACAGAGAGAGAAAGUCUACGGAAUGCGGCAUACCUGGCUCACUUACAGCUUCGUUUUCACUCAAGCGCUCCUGGCAACUGCUGGAGAGUUUCAUGGUGUCGAUGUGAGCGAUCAUAAUCAACGAGAUGACGGCUUGGUGAGCAGCCUAGAUAAGCGAUCGGUCGCUGCCGACGCAAACAAACGCGUCCGACGAGGAAUACUUGACGCUGCCAAGGUGGCCAAGGACAUGACGACAGCAGCUAUUCGCGGAGUAAUGGUCGUCAAGGAUAAAAUACGUGCGUUGAAAGGUGAAGACGACGACGAGCCAUUUGAUCCCAUCAACGUCAACGCGAUACUUAAGGCUGAAGGCUACAACGACGAGCCAUCGAUACAGCACAACACUGAAGAUGCAUCCGUACCACUAUCCCCUAAUACACCUUUCCAUCAAACAACAUUCCAUCCGCGAAUGAAUCCUUACAAUGAAGGACACAUGGAAGGCAUGGAAAGUGAGGAAUUCUACAAGGGUCAAUAAAGUGUGGCGGAACGGUAACAAUCUUUGGGGCACAAUGGGUGCCGAGAACACUUAUUUUUGUCCGAUAAAAUAUUUGAAAUGUGUCACGUAAAUUUUUGCCGCCUCAUAUUUUCAGGCACCGAUUUAUAUUAAGAGAAAAACGCUUGUUGUAUAAUAGAGAUACAAUAGUGGUUGCGCCACAUGCACCAAUC